AUCAAUGUAAUCUAGUCUAGAACAAUCUUCUCCAUAGCUCACUACGUUUUAUUUUUUGACAAAACAACGCCUCAAAAUGAAGAAUUUCGUAUUCUUCCUCCCUUUCCUCCUCCACUUGUCCUCCUCGGACCCCAACCCCCACAUCAUCAACGGCAAUGUCGCCACCCUUGGCCAAUUCCCCUGGCAAGCUGCUCUCUUCUUCGAAAGUUCCGAACCAAGGUUCUGGUUCUGUUCCGGUACCAUCAUCUCCCCCCAAUGGAUCCUAACUGCCGCCCAUUGCAUCCAUAAUGCACGCACUGUUCUUAUUUACACCGGCCUUAUCGACAUCUCCCUCGAAGUGAAACCCAGUGCUGAAUCACAGAAAUUCCAUCUUCAUGAAGAUUUCAAGAAUGAUUCGCUCGCCAACGACAUUGCCUUGAUCGAACUUUCCAAAGAAUUGACUCUUGAUGAUAACACCAAAACCGUUGAAUUGAGUAACGAAGAAGUUUCUCCCGGUACAAAAGUUACGAUAAGUGGUUGGGGGAAAACUAGAGCUAAUGAUACCUCAAUAAGCCCCCUUUUGAAUUAUGUUACGUUAACUACGAUUAGUAACGAAGAGUGUCAAAAAGAGUAUGGAAUGACCGGAGUUAUUUUCGAGGAGAUGAUGUGUGCAGGGAGUGGGAGUGAUCCUGUACAAGCCCCAUGUCAUGGUGAUAGUGGAGGUCCUCUAGUUAUCGAUUUUGACAAAAAACCGAAACAUGUUGCUAUUGCCAGUUUCGUCAGCAAUUCCGGAUGCGAAAGCAGAAUUCCUUCCGGGUAUACCAGAACCGCCGCCUACUUGGAUUGGAUCAAGGAAAAAACCGGACUUUAGGCCACUUUUUCUGUUUUUUUUUAUUACAAUAUGUUAUAGUUAUCAUUAAUAAAUAUUUCUCUAAAAA